AGAUUCAUACCUUUCCUUCUCAAAAAAAAAAAAAAAAAGGGCAAGAAAUUGAAAUUCCAGACUACCAUUUACCAAACAGGUAACUUUUUCUAUUUGAUCCGCUUGAGGCACUUUUCCCUCGUCUACCCUUGGCCACUCAUGGCUCAAAGACCAUCAUACUCUAUGGCCCAUUUCCACCUUUUUUUUUUUCUUUCAAUUUUUGUGAAUUCUUUUGGUCUUCCUUUGACUAUCACAAUAGAUGCAUUUAUUUAACAAUAACUUUUAUGAUGAAUGGCAGUCUUUUUAGACUUUUAUGACAAUAAUUUUCCAAACCAACAUUGUAUUUGAGUUUUAUUCUUGCUUCAUGGAAAAAUAUGGCAAAGAUUAUACAUAAUUAGUAAACGUCAACCCCCCAAAGAAAUGGUUUCAACAAAUUCAUAAAUCUGUAUUUAUAAGCAUUCUAUGUUUUUAAGAUUUUCAUUUCAAUGGCUUCCAUUCUUAUUGAAGUACUAUAUCUUUUUGAGUCCGACAUGAAAACAUCCAAAGUUUUUCUUUUCAUUAAUAUCUUCUUAUGUCUGCUUUGCUCAUCUCAAGCCUUAGACACCAUUAAACCUGGAAUGACUUUACAUAGUGAUGAAACAUUGAUUUCAGCCGGUGGGGUGUUCGAGCUUGGAUUCUUCACUCCCAGUAAAUCAACCCAUGAGCAUCUGGGAAUCUGGUUCAAGAAUGACAGAAACAAAAAACCAGUCUGGGUUGCCCUCAGAGAAAUUAGUUUCAUCAAAUCCACUGGAUUUCUCACCAUACAAUAUGAUGGGAACUUGGUGAUAAGCGACAUACUGACGGUUACAAAUAUCAUAAACAGUGGAGCAUUAGCAGCAAGCAAUGAAACAAGUGCAAAAAUUCUUGAUACAGGAAAUCUAAUUCUAAUGGAAAGAGGAAAAACCAUUUGGCAGAGUUUUGAUAACCCAACCGAUACACUUCUCCCUGGAAUGAGCUUGGGGUGGUUUAACAUGAACACAGAUCGCUUUAGGAUGAGACAUUUAACAUCAUGGUUAAACCCUUCUGAUCCAAACAAUGGUGAUUAUUCUCUAGGCAUUGAUCCAUCAAACAUGACAAAGUUCAACGUCUGGCGCAAAGAUGCUUACCAGCAGAUUGGAUUUUGGGAUGGUCAUAUUUUCAGAUUCUUUUUUCAAUCCUCAUUAGCUAAUCACUACAAUAUUAGCUUUGAAUCAAACAGCAAAGACAGUUAUCUUACUUUCAAUAGGGCGGGAAGUAAUAUACUUUCCUGGUUUGUUUUAGAAUCAGAUGGGUUCAUUAAAGAGUUCAAGAUGGUGGGUGAAGAGAUUUCAAGUGUGAAUCAUUCUCUAUGCGAUGCCACAUUACCACGCAAUUCUACAGGCUGCUUGGCAUUAACACCGAUGACAUGCAAAGAUGAAGAUUAUUUCACAGACAUCAGAGGAUUUAUCCCGAAUUCAAGGGUUGUUAUCUGGCCAGCUAGUUCAGAUGCCGGUGACUGUGAAUUGAUGUGCAGGAGCAACUGUUCAUGUGUUGGAUACGUUUUCUUGGUUGACAACGGAACUGGAUGUAAACUUUACUAUGGUAACAAAGAUGAUCUUCUGAAAAACAUAGGCAGAGGAAACAACACGGUUUAUGUGCGCGGAGAUGCUUCUAAAUCUGAUCAUCGGAAAAAGAGGAACCUAGUACUGAUUAUAAUCGCUCUACCGACUCCCUUGAUAUUAAUAAUUUUGAUCAAGUUUCGGAAUAAGGUCCAUUGUUUAGGAAUCAAAGGGAGACCAGGAGGCAUGCAAGAAGUUCAGACAUCACUAGCUUUCCAAUUAAGAACUAACAGUGAUCAAAACAGAGGUGUUAUUGAAUUCAGCAUAAAUAAGGAUCACGAGCUUCCUCUGGUCAGCUUUUCCAGUGUAAUGGCAGCCACUGAUAAUUUUUCUAUUUGGAAUAAGAUUGGAGAGGGCGGCUUUGGACCGGUUUAUAAGGGAAAGCUGCAAGGGCAUAAUAUUGCAGUUAAAAAGCUUUCAAAACAUUCUAGACAAGGACUGACAGAGUUCAAGAAUGAGUUGCAGUUACUCUAUAGGGUACAGCACAGAAAUCUUGUUAAGCUUUUGGGUUGUUGCAUUGAGCAAGAAGAAAAGAUAUUAAUCUAUGAGUACAUGGCUAACACAAGCUUGGAUUCUUUCAUCUUCGAUCCAGUAAGGCAAUCACUGCUUGACUGGAGAAAACGCAAACAUAUUAUUGAAGGGAUUGCUCAAGGGCUUCUUUAUCUUCACAAAUACUCAAGAUUAAGAAUUAUUCAUCGCGAUCUCAAAACAAGCAACAUCUUAUUGGAUAACUGUAUGAACCCCAAGAUAUCAGAUUUUGGCCUGGCAAGAAUUCUUUUCGAGAAUGAAUGUCAAACAAAAACAAUGAGGGUUGUUGGAACUUAUGGCUACAUGUCUCCAGAGUAUGCAAUACAUGGCCUUUACUCAAUAAAAUCUGACGUAUUUAGCUUUGGAGUUAUUUUGUUGGAGAUUGUGAGUGGCAGGAAGAAUGCGACCUUUGAUGUGGGUAAUCGCUCAUUGAACUUACUUGGAUAUGCUUGGGACACAUGGGCUGGUGGACGAUGCAUGGAGUUAAUGGAUCCAUCAAUGGAUGCUACAUGUUCAGUGGAUGAUAUAAUGCUGUGCAUUCAGGUGGGUCUGUUGUGUGUUCAAGAAAGUGCAGCUGACAGGCCAACCAUGUCAGAUGUGGUUGCAAUGUUCAGCAACGAAAGGAUGAGUUUACCUAAGCCUAAACAGCCUGCAUUUUAUACUGUUCUAUAUGCGGCAGAUGGUUCACUCUCAACCCCUUCUCAAAAUAUUGUAACAAUUUCAGUAGUAGAAGCUCGAGCGGAUCUCGUGUGUGUUCAAGAAAGUGCAGAAAACAGGCCAACCAUGUCAGAUGUGGUUUUAAUGUUCAGAAAUGAAAUGGUUAAUUCAUCUAUGCCUAGACAGCCUGCAUAUUCUACUCUUCUAAAUGCAGCAGAUGGUUCAAUCUCCAGAAGGCAAAGCUCUUCUCAAAAUCUUGUAACAAUCUUGGCAGAGCAUAGGCAGGGGUCGAAGGCCACUGGACCUUACAAAGGCCACCAUUCUAUUAAUAAAAUCUGGCAGUGGAUAGCUUCUGUUGACCUGUCAAAUGAAUAUUGGCAUCCACUUAGAAUUUCUACAAUUUUUGUGUCUAACAUGAAAACUUCCAAAGCUUUUUUCGUUUCUUGCUCUAUCUUAUGCUGUUUUCUUUGUUUUUCUCAUUCUUUAGACACCCUCAAACCUGGGGAGAUUUUGCAUAGCAAUGAAACAUUGAUUUCUUCUGCUGGGGUCUUUGAGCUUGGCUUCUUUACUUCCAGCAAAUCAGAUUCUCAGUACCUGGGAAUCUGGUUCAAGAAUGACAGAAACAAAAAGCCAGUCUGGGUUGCAAACAGAGAAAAUCCGCUCGGUUAUGCCACUGGAAUUCUUAGAAUAUGGUAUGAUGGGAACUUGGUGUUGAAUGAUGCAAGAACGAUUCCAAUUACCGUCAACAAUGGAGCAGCAGCAACAAGUAAUGAGACAAGUGCAAAAUUACUUGAUUCAGGGAAUUUUAUGCUGACAGAAGGACAAAAGAUCAUAUGGCAGAGCUUUGAUUACCCGACUGACACAUUUCUCCCUGGGAUGAACUUGGGGUGGUUUAAUAUAGACACAGAUGACCCGAGGAAACUGCAUCUUUCGUCAUGGUUAAGCCCUUCCGAUCCUAGUAGAGGGCUUUAUUCUCUAGGCCUUGAUGGAAGUGACAAGACAAAGUUUCGUGUCUGGCGAAGAGGUGGUGCUUACCAGCAGAUUGGCUUUUGGGAUGGUCAUGUAUUCAGAUUCUUUUUCCAAAGCUCGUUAGAUAACUAUCAAAACUUUAGCUUUGUAUCAAACAGCAAAGAUAUUUAUCUCACUUUAAACAACAAAGAAAGUAACAUAAUUUCAUGGCUUGUUUUAGCUUCAGAUGGGUUAAUUAACGAUUUCAGGAUGGUUGGUCAGGACAUCUCAAGUGUGAAUUAUUCCCUAUGUGAUGCCACGCUGCCGCACAAUUCUACAGGGUGCUUGGUAUUAACGCCAUCAAUGUGCAAAGAUGGAGAUAACUUCUCGGACAUCAAAGGAUUAAUCCCAAAUUCAAUGGUAGUUACUUGGAAAGGUCGUAUGGGUCGUAGCGACUGUGAGCUAAUAUGCAAGAGCAAUUGUUCUUGUGUUGCAUAUGCUUCUUCUGAUGAUAAUGAUGGAACUGAAUGUGAACUUCUCUAUGGAAAUAAAGCUGAUCUUCUGAACAACAAAGGGAGAGGAAACAACACCAUUUAUGUACGUGAAGAUGCUUCUGAUUCUGAUCCUGAGAGAACGAGAAAAGUGCUACUUAUUAUCACCAUUGUACUGACUCCCUUGGUAUUGAUAUUCAUGGCCAAGUUCCUGUAUGGUUUAUGGAGAAGGUUCGAUAGUUCAGGAAACAAUGGGAGCCCAGGAGGCAUGACAGAAGGUCAGACAGCAAUAACAGCUCAGUUAGGUACGAACAAUGAUCCUAGCAGAGCAGAUGUUAUUGAACUCGGCACAAAGGAUCAUGAGCUUCCCCUGCUUAGCUUUUCCAGUGUAGUGGCAGCCACUGAUAGUUUCUCUGUUCAGAAUAAGCUUGGAGAGGGUGGCUUUGGACCUGUUUAUAAAGGAAAGCUACAUGGGCAUGAUAUUGCUGUCAAAAGGCUUUCCAAAAACUCUGGACAAGGAUCAGUAGAGUUCAAGAAUGAGGUACAGUUAAUUUCUAAGCUACAGCACACAAAUCUUGUCAAGCUUUUGGGUUGUUGCAUUGAGCACGAGGAGAAGAUACUAAUCUACGAGUACAUGGCUAACAAAAGCUUGGAUUCUUUCAUCUUUGAUCCCGUAAAGCAACCACUACUGGAUUGGAGAAAACGCAAACACAUUAUUGAAGGAAUUGCUCAAGGUCUUCUUUAUCUUCACAAGUACUCAAGAGUAAGAAUUAUUCACCGUGAUCUAAAAACCAGCAACAUUUUGUUAGAUAACUCUAUGAACCCAAAAAUAUCAGAUUUUGGCAUGGCAAGAAUUCUUUUUGAGAGCGAGAGUCGACCAGAAACAAAGAGGAUAGCUGGAACAUAUGGUUACAUGUCUCCGGAGUAUGCAGUGCAUGGCUUUUACUCGACAAAAUCUGAUGUAUUUAGCUUUGGAGUUAUUGUUUUGGAGAUCAUGAGUGGCAGGAAGAAUGCAAACUUUUAUGAGCCAAAUUGCUCAUUGAACUUACUUGGAUACGCUUGGGAGUUAUGGAAUGGUGAGCGAUGGAUGAAGUUAAUCGAUCCAACAUUGGAUAAUUCUUCAUUGUAUGACACGAAGCUGUGCAUUCAGGUGGGUUUGUUGUGUGUUCAAGAAAAUGCAGACGACAGACCAACCAUGUCAGAUGUGGUGUCAAUACUCAGCAAUGAAGGGAUGAGUUUACCUACUCCUAAACAGCCUGCAUAUUCUACAAUUCUAAAUGCAGCAGCUAGUUCAACUUCAGGAAGGCAUACCCCUACUCACAAUCUGGCAUCAGUUUCGCUGGUAGAAGCUCGGUAAUAUAUAGCUUUGAACUUAGCAACCGUUAUAUCAUAUCAACGUACGGCAAGAUGCAUCACACAAAAGACUUAUUUUGUAGAGUUCACAUGUUUUAAAUAUAACAUCAACUUAUCAAAUGAGCUACGUGUUUAACGAUCAUUCCUUUGGUUCUCUUAUAAAUGACUAUAGUCUGAUUUCAAUGUAAACCGACAGAAACAGGGAUUUUAUUGCAGAUCAAUUUUUAUGAUUUAGCAACUUUGAUGGACGGGUUCAUAACUGAUGUAUUAGUAUUCAUUUGAAGGUGUAACAAAUUGAUCUUUGUUUGUACUGUAAAUUGCAAAAUAUGUAUCAUUUGUAAAGUAUAAUAUCUCUUCCUCUUUUGUUCUCUGUAUGAUAAACAAGCGUAACUUCUUCUUUGCA